AUGUCCUCCUCUCUUGCAGAGAUCUCUUACAGAGAAGCUAGCAGCGUAGCCGUUCCCACAGUUUUCCUAAUAUUCUCUGUCCUCGCAGUUGUUCUGCGAGCAUAUGUGAGAAAAAGGCUACUGAGAGUUUUCCUUGUCGAAGAUUGGCUCUGUGUCCUGACCCUCGUCUUCUUCAUUACUCAAACCGGCCUACUUUUCGAGUUUGACAGUCUUCUGCAGUCAUUCAGCUUCGACUUCGGGACUUUUGAGAAGAUAAUCAAUGCAUUGCAGGUAGUCAUUUCUGACGUCGUUCUCUACCUUUGCAGCUCUAUCACGCCCAAGCUGUCGCUUGCGUUCUUCAUUUUGCGCUUCUUGCUGGAGCGAUGGCAGCGUAUGCUAGUAUAUGCCAUGCUUGCCAUCUUCGUCGCGGACAGUGUCGCCUCCAUGUUCCUUGUCCUGUUUUGGUGCUCCGAUCCUACACAGUAUGCAGCAAAGACAUUGUCAGAUCAAUGCGUUGGCACGAUCAAUGGCCUCAAUGCUGUCAACAUCCUGCAAGCUAUCCUCAAUGCUAUGGCUGACUGGCUCUUUGCUACUUUACCUGUCAUCAUCAUUUUCAGGGCCACUACAAUGGACAAGCGCGAAAAAUUGAUGGUCGCAGGCAUCUUCGCAUUUGCCAUCACCGGAUCAGUGGCUGCGAUACUUCGGGCUGUCUUUUGGCCAGCUCUGACGCAUGGUACCUUUUCUGGAUUUCGCACUGGUAUGACAUGGUGUACUAUUGAGAUAGGCGCUGAUCUUGUUGCUUCUUCAGCUGCUACCUUGAGGCCAUUGUUCGAACAACUACAUCUGUUUAAAAUUCGGCGCAGAGAGACCAGCGGCACUGAUCAUUCAGGGCAAGGUGUGGCUCACACCGAUUCUGAAGCCAAGCAAAGCAACAUCACUUCUACAUGCACCGUAUCCAUUACUCACAAGGAGUGGUGGGAUUUGGAGCCCUAUACGUCAGCAUGUCAGGAAGCCCUUCCAAUUCCGGGAUCAGCUGCACAAGGACGAUGCGAUUGA